UAGGGGGGUGAAGCUGCCCCUGCAUCAAUGAGCCUGUUUAUCAGAAAAGACCACUAGACUGGUAAUGACACGGUUCACUGAUCAGCCCGGGAGAAAGUAAACCUCAGCUUUCACCUUCCUUCCUAUAUUUAAGCCGGGCGUUCGCCCUCGAUUGUUUCAGUCUACCUCUCUGUGUGCUCCACCAGGAUCCUGGGAUGAUUUGGACCGCAGCUCUCCUCGUGAUCGUCGGCUCAUACGCUGACUCAGAUGACUACUGUUAUGAUGAACCACAUUGUGAUUCUUACUCAUGGGGAGACAUGUUCCCUUCCUGUUACUCUUUAAUUGAUCACCAUGACUCUCCCAUCAACUUGGACGAACACAUGGUCAGAAACGCCUCUCUGGGCGCUCUGUAUCUAGAGGGCUUCGAGGAGACGCAAACAGGCCACUGGACGCUCAAAAACGACGGGCACUCAGUCAUACUGCAGGUCGGCAGCGGCAUGGCGGUGAGUGGUGGCGGCCUUCCAGAUGUGUACCACACCAUCCAGCUGCACUUCCACUGGGGAGGUCCGGCGUCCAAUGGCUCAGAGCACACCGUGGACAGACGCAGAUACCCAAUGGAGAUGCACAUAGUCAACAUUAAGUCCAUCCAUCCAAAUCUGUCUGCAGCCCUCGACGAUCCAACAGGACUUGCCGUUCUUGGAUUCUUCAUUGAUGUUGUGUAUGCAGAUAAUGUGCACUUUGGACACAUCUCACAGAAACUCUCCUCUGUUGCUUACAAAGGGCAAGCAACUAAAGUAAAGCCAUUUCCUCUAAUGAGCCUCCUGCCGAAGCACAACAUGAGUCAGUAUUACCGAUAUUACGGCAGCCUUACCACCCCUCCAUGUUCUCAAGCGGUUGUGUGGACUUUGUAUGAGGUCCCCAUCUACAUCUCAUGGUCCCAACUGGCUCAGUUUACCUCGCAGAUCUUCUCCACAGAGGAGGACGCAGAGCAGGUGACGCCUCUCCAGAACAAUUUCAGACACAUUCAUCACAUCCUCAGUCGCGUUGUCUCAGCCUCCAUAGAUGCCAAACUGCUCAGAGGAGCGGCUGGUCGAACCCUCUGGUCUGCUACAUCAGUGCAUCUGCUUCCAGUCCUUUUACUGGGAUGCUUCUUACCUGGACUUUAGCACCAUGUUAAAUCCAAGGCGUGAAAUAGUACAACACCAAAAUUAAAAUUAAAUAAAUAAAAAACAGAUUAGUUGAACUUUUCAUUUAAGGAGAAGUUUUCAGACAUUUAGAAAUACUCUAGGAAAAACAAGCAAACUGUGAAGAAGAGUACUGUAAGUGUUAUUUAACGUCUCAUGUGUUUUCAGGAUAUUUGAUUUCAUUAGCAUGUUGCUAACCGUUUAAUGUGAACCAUUUUGCAUUCAAAGUGUGCUUUUAAAAACUACAGUCUAAUGUACAUGCGUAUAUCCUUUGUUUUUCUGUAGUGAGCAAUUAAAAAUAAAAAUAAAAGCUAAGUUAAGUCAAAGGAAAACUUUGGAAAUUGGGUUGGUUAGCAUAGCAUGUUAGCAUGCUAACAAGGUUGAUUGUUUAUAAAACAUUUGAAAAAUUAAAAGUCUUGGUCACGCAUUUUAAGCUGAUGAUGAUGAUUUAAAAAUGUGCCCAAAUAACGCAGUAACGCAGAUUUAUGAAAAAGUAAAGAAAUAUAUAAAGAAAAAUACAAUUAGAUCUAUAAUUCACUAGACAACAGUAUAAUUUCCAUAUCUCUGAAUGCCACUACAGUGGAUUUUAAACAGUUGAGAUGUGAUUUAAAUGCAGAUUUUCAGUUUUAAUUUAAAAGAUUUUUAUAAAAUGUAUAUACAGUCUUUUAAUUAAUUGAACAAACCCAUAUGAAUUUAAACAUAAAUAUUGU